CAACAAACAUAAAAAUUGCGAUACAACAACAAUGAAAUUGGUUGCGCCAUUUCUUCCAAAAUUCCACGUUUCUACCCACUUUCCACCAUAAACCACAUCCCCAGUCCCACCGAUGCUUUUAUCUUUUUUUAAAUUGAAAAAUAUAUAAAAUAAAAUUAAUUACAGUUUAUUUUCCGAAACCAUUUUUCUUAUUAUUAUCUUCCAACCUAUAUAUGUGAUCGAACGCCAUUUCCAAAAUUCCCUCACCUUUCUUCUCCAUUAAAAAUUUCAUCCGAAGUCUCUGUCUUCGUUAAUUUCAAACAAGGAAUGAUUUACAAUUGACAGCGCGUACUAAUUAUUAUACGAGAAGGGAUAAAUCAAGAAUCAAUUGUUACUUCUAAGGACAAUCGCGUGACCGAUUUCACUUCCCUGAUGAAUUCCCCCCAUGAAUUGUAAUUUCGUACCCUCAGUUUGCUGCCUUUUUGCUUUUUUAUUUUUGCUUGUACUGGGGAUCUUGUAAUUGUUUAUGGGUUGCUCAGAUUCGCGUUGAUCUUUGUGUAUUGAUGAUGAUGAUGCGUUUGAUGAUGUAUUUUUGUGUAUUUGUGGGUUUAUGAGGAAAUAAAGCCGGGAUCGUUUUGAUCUGACUGGGUGAUUUAGGGUUUGUCUUGAUUAGAUGAAUCCCUGGUGCAGAAGGGGCGAUCUUGUUAUUAUUCCUUUCUGGAAGAAAUCCCAUUUGGGUUGGUGUUAAGUAGAAUAAUUUCUGGUAAGCUUCUGAAUUAUAGUGUUAGUUUCCCCGGUAAAGGGCAUUUUUUGACCUUUUGGUUGGUGGGAGUUGUAGCCAAGAUUGUUAAAAUCGUGAAUGAUGAUGUGGGAGAUGCUCCUGAGUUGAUCAGUAGGAGAUAUGUCAUAUGUGAUAUAUUUGAGCCCUCUAUCUUUUGCUGUUUACAUUUGAAGAAGGGAUUUGAAGUUGUUGUUGAUACUAAUGAUAUUCUAAUCUCCUUUUUGUUGCGUUUAAGAAAAGAAUUGGAUUUUCCUCUUAUUUCCCUUUGGAUGUUGUAUUUGAUGUUCUACGCACAAUCUUCUGAUUGGGCUUUUGCUUGCAUUUUACUUAUCAGAGUGCUAAUUUGCUUGAUUUGUGCGUCAUUCCUCUUUUCCCGCCUGCCAUGUUCUGCAUUUUGUUGAUUGUUCAUGUUAGUAUACUUGGAGGUUAUGCACAUGACUUUUCUAUUGAACCAUAUAAAUGCAGGUUUUAGGACUGCUUGGUGAGACUGGCUUUCAAGAUAUAAACACUAGUUCUUUGUCUGAGGCUGUAUUACUUCAAGAAUUCUAAGACUGAUUACUGAAUAAUAUUUCCUUAAUGCUCGUGAAGGAUUGCCAUCAAUUAUUCUGUAAAGUCGCAUAAAGAAUCUGUAGCUUUAGAUUUGAUAACUCUGAUCAGUUUCAUAAGAAUCAGAGGCCAACCAGCAAGUAAACUUGGUGCUUUACUUGGUGAGUAUAUACUCAAUAAAUGACAAUUUGUCUUAUAUUCACUUGUUGCUCUACUUAAUAUGAAGCGAACUGAAAGCAUGUAUAAUAAUGUUUGUUAUCAUGGAAUGAAUGACAAAGAUAAGAAAGUUUAUUAGGUGGCUUGGUGGACUUGUCUAUAUUGGUUUUGUGAUUUUAGAGUAUGGCGCGUUUUGAUGCUCAUUUUUCAGACAUGAAUCUGAUAUAGUAAUUUAAUUACGAAGCAGUGCUUUUGGCUGAUCUUUGCCUCUCCUUUAUAUUCUUCUUAAAUGCACCGAGAAAGACAAUACCUCUGCCAUAUGUGAGCUUGCUGUUAGAUGAGACUUUGAGUCUGGAUUGAUUGACAAGUUUUAGAUGAAACUAUAUUUUCUAUUUGCACGGCAUUGGUGGCUUUGAUUGUUUCCUUACUUUUAGGUAGUCUGUGAUGUUUUCUUUAAAAUUGUUUCUCUGAGACAUCUGCUGGGUUGUUAAGUUUUUCCCUUAGACACAUAAGUUUGCUUGAACUUCGUCUGGUUUGCAAAGAAAACAUUAUGCUAACCAAUUUGAUUUUAGCAACACUGUCCAGUUUACGUAGAUGGCUAGUAGAAAAAGAAGCUUUCCAAACGAUGCAGAUAUGCAUGGUCUCUAUAAAGAAUUGGAUGAAGCUUCAUGUGCAAUAUGCAUGGAUCACCCCCACAAUGCCGUUCUUCUGUUGUGCAGUUCCCAUGACAAGGGCUGCAGAUCAUUUAUCUGCGAUACGAGUUAUAGGCACUCAAAUUGCCUUGAUCGUUUUAGGAAACUGAAAGAUGAAAAUAUAUCACCUAGCUUGACUCUGGUAGAUCAGAAUGAUAUGGUUAAUGCAUCCAGUUUGAACGUGAUGAGUUCAGGUGACCAGAACGAAGCUGGAGAUUCUGACUCCUCUGUGGAAGGGGUUAGACUUGGAGUGAACAGCACAGAUAUUUCACUAGAGUCCCUGUCAAAUUUGAGGUGCCCUUUAUGUCGUGGAAGUGUAUUUGGCUGGAAGGUUGUGGAUGAGGCUAGAAGAUACCUUGACCUGAAGUCUCGUUGUUGUUCUCGUGAAUCAUGUUCAUUUGUUGGCAAUUAUAGGGAACUGCGAAGGCAUGCUAGGAGAGUCCACCCAACUGCGCGGCCAGCUGAUGUUGAUCCAAUGAGACAGAGAGCUUGGCGUCGCCUAGAGGACCAGAGAGAGUAUGAUGAUAUUGUAACCGCAAUUCGCUCUGCAAUGCCUGGUGCUGUUGUACUUGGGGAUUAUGUGAUUGAAAAUGGGGAUAGAUUCUCAAGUGAGCGGGACAGGGGAUCAGGUGAUAAUAGCAGCAGGUUUUUGAGUACUUUCUUUUGGUUUCAAAUGGUCGGCUCUGCAGGAUCUGGGUCUGAGCAGAGAGGAGGCAGAUCCAGGCCACUGUCAAGAUACCGUCGUUCAAAUGAAGCUUUCUCCAGGCGUCGCUUUCUGUGGGGUGAGAACCUUUUAGGUCUCCAGGAUGAAGAGGAUGAUGAUGAGGACAAUGAUGAUGAAGGCCGUGAAAAUGAAGCUGAGCUGAAUGUAUUGAGUGAUAUUGGGGAAGAACAUUCCUUCAACUCAAGAAGACGUCAGCGGCGGCGCCUGACUCGUUCAAGAGCUGAUCAUGAUCGACAAUGAUACUAUUUUCUUGGAGACCUCUGUGUCCAGUAAUAACGCUGACUGAUUCCCCACUUCAUGCCGAAGAUUGAGGGAUCGAAUUCAGAUCUAUAACUCCUGAAGAUGUCUAAGGUUAGGGUAUUCAUGGACCAGCACCGGGGAUCAGACCAAUCAGAGUCGCAGGUGCUUGAGUCAGAAGAUUAAGGAAGUUUGUGAAAGGGGACACAAUGUCGUUCCAUUUCUUCCGGGCAAAAUGAAGUCUCUGUAUAUUUCCAGUUUACAAAUAAGGGUUAUAUAGGUAGCUAAGCUUAUUGUAAUUUUGUGUCAUGCAAUCAGUUGAUGACAUUUGAAUUGAUGACUUAAAUGUAAUAUGGUUUUUCCUUAUUUAAUCUCAUUCUGUCAAGUCUUGGCAAACUUUAACUGUUGUAUCAGUAAAACAGUUAACCACAGAUGCCAUUUUGGAAGGACGUUAGAACUUUGAGUCUGGUGCUGCGAUAUCAGCAAGCACAACAGCUGAUGAUGUCAAUUUAACAUGUUUGUUUAGGUGUACAGAAAAGAAACAAACAAAACAAUAAUGUAUCAUGAGUCAUGAC